AUCUUGGGUGAAGAAGGAGCAGGCUUGGGGGUCGUGAUCCGGGACUCCAGUGGCAGGUUCUGUUUGGUGGCAACAAAAAGAGUUCCCGGGAGGUGGAAGGUGGAGGAAGCUGAAGCGUUGGCGGCCGAGUUUGGAGCACAAAUGGCGGUUCAUGGACAUUUCCAUAAUGUUGUACUGGAGUCGGACUGUCAAGUCCUGGUCCAUAAGCUACAGGCGGCGCAUGAUUUCCACGAUGAAGCAGGGGUGAUUUGCAGAAACGUGCGGCGGCUGCUGCUGGAAUCAGGCGAGGGCAGCUGGCAUCAUAUUCGCAGGGAAGCUAAUGAAGCUGCGCACAUAAUGGCGCAUGCCAUUUCGAGAUGGAACGACAGUUUCCGUUGCGUAGUCUGGAAAGUUGUGAACCCUAUCUCCAAGGGAAUGAAGCGUUUCGCGGUGAGCCGCCUUCCAUCAAUGGCCAGGCCGGGAGGGCUGGCUCUGAGAUUGGUGAGAAGUGCUGCUUUUGCAUCUGCCAGUGCGGCCAAACCAGAAGGCGGAGUCUCUAUGGUCCAGGGCGCUUCCAGAGGAAUCGGCUUGGAAUUCGUGAAACAACUCCUGGAAAGUAACGACAAUGGCCGAGUUGUAGCUACUUGCCGCAAUCCCAAUGGUGCCACUGGCUUGCUUGAAUUGAAGAAUAAGUAUGCUGAUCGGCUCAACAUUUUCCCGUUGGAUCUCACUGCUGAAAAUACCAUAGAGGCAUCUGCAAAGUCCAUUAGGGAACAGUAUGGCUACCUGAACCUUCUAGUGAAUGCAUCAGGGAUCCUGUCUAUACCAAAUGUGUUGCAACCAGGUAGCAGUCUCGCAGAGACAACGUUGAGCAAAGUAGAGAAGUCGUCGUUGAUGCUUGCUUAUGAGGUCAACGCCGUGGGACCUUUUCUAGUGAUCAAGCACAUGUGGCCUCUGCUGAAGGCUGGAGGAGGGCAAGGUACGGAAAGAGAUUUUGCAGUUGUGGCAAGUUUGAGUGCCAGAGUGGGAUCCAUUGGAGAUAACAAACUUGGGGGUUGGCACUCUUACCGCAGCUCCAAGUCUGCCCUAAAUCAGUGUAUGGCUCCUCCUCUGAAGCUCCCUAGAGCAAUUCGUUGUGUGUCAUUGUCCAAGAAUGCGUCGGUGGAGUUCGGGCGAAAGAAGGAUCCAAUAGUAUGCCUGGUUCUUCAUCCGGGGACUGUUGAUACCGACCUUUCAAGACCAUUCCAGAAAAAUGUCCCGAAAGAAAAGCUUUUCACCACCGAGUUCUCGGUGCAGAAGCUCCUAAGCAUCAUCAACAAUGCAAAGGCGAACGAUAAUGGCAAAUUCUUUGCCUGGGAUGGCCAGGAAAUUCCUUGGUAGUCUCCCACCUUCAUCCCAGUGCCCUCGGGCACAGUUUGUUUGGUCACAGUCUACAUCGCAGGCUGCCUUUCUUCCAACAUGGCAAUUUACAGCUGCUGAUGAAUUUAUAGUUGUGAGUUUGGAGUUUUAUAUUUUCUGCCUAAAUCAUGGGACUAAAGAUGCGUAAUAGACUAAUAGUUCAAGAAUCGAGAAAAAAACACCCUAUAGUUUAGAGAUCGUGAACUAUUUUGGAUGAUUGCUGUCCUGCCUCCAUGCUGCUUUUGCUCUUGCUGUUUGGCCUGAGGGCAUCUGUUAGUGUUUGUAAUACUCACCUGAGCUUAGCAGUUUGCUUUCUUAUCGUUUUCCCUUAUUCUUUUGACAUCUUGCAAGGGUUUCCCCUGCUUUUGGCGUUUGCUUUUCCAUGUAUGUUCCUGCCUUACUCUUAUGAAUAAAAUGGUUUCACCCUUAUAUAAGG